GCUCCUCGAAGGAUUCCGAUGAUAUGGCUCUACCACCUGUACGAGGAUUCGGAUCACCAAAGGAUUUUAAUAUACAGGGGCUUGCACUACCCGCUCUUGCUGUUGUCCAAGUGAAAGUCAGAACUUUGACCCUGCAAAAAAGCGUUACAGGUUGGUCAUGUACUCAUGCAUGUGGCGAUUUUGGCUUUUCCAUACGCCGGGUUCAAUUCCCAUCAAGUAGGAAAGGAGGUUUACGUACUGUGGUUUUUGCUGAGCCAUCUGAUAUACGAGCGGGUCCACCACGUCCUGAUGAUCUCAAGAAUGGUUUACUACCAGGCGACCAACUGGUGAAAAUAGAUGGCCGCAGUGUAGAUUCUAUGUCCCGAGAAGAAUUGCAAAACGCUGUACGUAGCGCUGGAGACAAAAUUGUCCUGGAAGUCAAGUCAGUCCCUGAAUUGGCCGAAUUUUGCGAUCGGAAAAAUCGUCAAAGUGGUGUACGAGACAAUGGUGAUCAGUUGAUGCUUGGCCAUAUCAAUACCAAUCUUCAUGAAGUAAGAUAAAU